AUGGCUCUGGCUACUGAUGCUCUCGAGUGGAGAACGCAGCGAGAGCAGGAUAUCAGAGAUGCUUAUGCUGAUAAGAACCGGUGGACUGCUUUGGAUUAUGUCACAGACCAACACGACUACAGCUUUAGGUCCAUAGAAGCGUGGCCUUUGGAUGCUGCUGUCAUUUACAAUCCUACGGAUCGAGCAGCGCUGUUGCUUGGAAGUUUGAAAGCCGCGUGUAGCUUGGAAGACAUUGUGGAGACCACGUCUUUGAAGGUCACUGUGGUGGUCACCAUGUGCGCGCAGGAGAUGCAGAUCACAGCACCGACCGACUGGACGAAAUACUUUGAAGAACAAGAUGUCUUUCACAUCCAGUGUCACUUGGAGGACACGACAUUGAAGCCGACAAGGCGUUGGCUUGAGCAGAUUCCGGACUUGGUGGCUUCCUGUUUGCGACAGUGGAAAAUCGUCUGCCGUGCAGUUGCUACUUCAGAAAAGACCAGCGUUGCGUCCUUGGCGCAAUCGACCCUAUGUCUUGGAAGCGUGGAAGGUUCUUCUCAGAUGUUCGGGGGCAAUGCAGCUGGGCAGAAGCCACCAUGCCAAGCAGGGCGAGAAGCUGGUGCAAACUAUUUGAUGUGUGAGCCCUGCCAAGUGGGACUGUAUGCCGAAGCUGAAAGUCAUUGCCAAGAAUGUCCGCCAGGCGCAGUCCCAUCUGAAGACCGUGGCACGUGUGAGCAGUGUCCUCCCAUGCACUAUUCUGUGGGCGGCCUUGACACAUGCUUUGCUUGCGACCUGCCAUUGCUUUUGGUGGACAACCACUGUGUGUGGUGGCAUUUGCCGCUGGUGACACUGGGUUUGGGAGGCCUCGCGGUUGGUUCCAAGCUGCUGCGUUUGUACCGCCGUUCCCGACGAGCCAAGAAAGCAGAACGAAUCUUGGAAGAACUCUACAACCAGCUUUGGGAUGAGCAGUCCAACACAAUCGCUACAUACUCUGGAGAGUUGUGUCGUCUGGGGCUUGAACAAGCAAAGAUUGAACACCACAUUUCUGCUAUGCGGGCGCAGCAGAGUCAGAGAGCUGGUGUGAGCAUCCGGUAUCUCCUUUCAGCCGAAUUUGCCGAACUGGCCAUGCACCGCACUGGCAAGGAUGACCCGACCUUCAUCGACAUGAAGACGGCCUUUUGGCUGUCUGACGAUCCCAUCGGCCGAGACGUCAUUUGUCCUCGAGAUGGCCGAGCCGGUUGUGCUUUGGUUGACUGGAUUCCACGCAAUGAACGCCGAGAACAGUCUCAUUUCAUGUCGUGGACCUGGAAAUACAGCCUACGACAGGUUCGCAGUGCAUUGGAGAUGCUUCAGCACAGCCGUGGCACUGGCACAGACCCCACUGGCACUGGCGUCUCUUUUUUCAUGUGCUUCUUUGUCAACAACCAGUACAGGCUCAUUGUGGAAGAGUGUGCAAACGGCAGUGAUAAUUUGGAAGAUGUCUUCGAGGGACACCUGAAGCGGAUAGGCCGCAUGGUUGCCAUUUUGGAUACAUGGGAUCAACCUGUCUAUCUCAGUCGUGUGUGGACGGUGUACGAGCAGUAUGUGGCGUCCACCAUUGGGGUUCAGGUGCAGUUCGUGUUGCCCAAGAACGUGGCAGAUCGUUUGCGUCAUCAGAUCGCAUAUGUUCCUGCAGGCAUCGAAGACAUCAUCGAAUCUCUUUGCCAGGUGGAUUCUGAACAAGCCAAAGCGUGGAAGUUGGAGGAUGAGAUCAAGGUGAAGUCUUUGAUCCAGGAUACGGUUGGCUUCAAGCAUGUUGAUAUGCAUGUGACCGAUGUCAUGAUCACGUGGAUUGGAGAUGUCAUUGAACAGACGUGCACACAGUUGCUCAUGACAGCUCGUGCCAAGAAGGCCGCCCGAAGCUCCACACAUGGUGAACUGGCGCCGUGCCCUGGUGAUGUGGUGCGGCCGACCACGUCCUAG